UGCAACCGACGGAAUAUACGGGCAAUUAUAUUUGAUGCGAAAGGCAUUACUAGUAUUCGUAAUUCCUUGUCGUUCAGGCGCUGAAGGGGUUUUCGUAAGACCGAGAACGGCCCAAAAAACUCUUCGAAUUAUUAAGGCUCCUUCGUAGGCUUCGCCAGGGAAGAGACAACAAAACACAACGGCAGGUGUUUCAGUGACGUAUGUCUGGGCAAUAGAGACGUUAGGCAAAUUUAAUCACCCACAAGAGAAAAAAAGCGAAUUUUGCAAGGUAUUCUCAUCCUUACCCACAUUCAUGCCAAACAUCCUUCAGCCACUAUGAAUCUUUUCGACACAACCACUGCCGUCUUAACUGACCCUCCUCGAGAAGCAGCCAUUCUUCACUCUGCGGCGGCCAUUUUGGAAGCGUACAUCCAACCGCUCAUAGUUGUCCUGGGCGUCGUCGGAAAUGUCAUUUCGUUUCGGAUCCUCUCUCUACCAAGUUAUAAACACCAGUCGACAUGCAUCUACAUGAAGGCCAUGGCCUUCUCAGAUAGCAUGUAUCUCUGCUGCUACGUAUUUCAACGAACUUUCAUGUCAAUAUACAACCAUGAGAUUAGAAGUUCAGAUAAUUUCAAAUGGAUCUGUAUCCAGUUUUUGUUCUGGGCAUAUUUUGGCGGGUUGUCAUCUUCAAUUAUACUCCAAACCAUGUCCCUCGAUCGUCUGUUUGCGCUGCUCUUUCCCCUGAAAGCUAAGUCAUGGUGCAGCGUCAAUAAAGCGAGGAUUUUCGUCGGUUGCAUGUUCCUUGUACUGAUGGUAAUUCUUUUGCCGCUCAAUCUCUCUCGUGUGUACCAGCCCAGGCUAAUCGGCUGGCUCUGCCCCUUUCAUUUCGAGAACGACAUGGCCGCCAGUUACGACCAUUUUAUUUCAAUCGUCGGCACUUAUAUCCCCCUGGUGAUCAUUUUCAUCAGCAAUGUUGGUAUUGUUGUGGUUCUUAAGAUGAGUGAACAGCGUCGACAGGAAAUGACGUCAGACAGAAACUCAUCAUCAAACAACCAAGUCGUCCGUAUGCUACUGGUAGUCUCGCUCACAUUCCUUGUGUUGAAACUUCCGGUGAAGAUCAGGAAUGCAUUCUGGACGUAUUAUACCGGAACAAACACCCCACAGAUUGUCGCAUUGCGGAGGUUCACCGUGACCUUGUCAGAGGUCGUCGAAUAUUGCAACUUUGCGUUCAACACCUAUAUUUACAUAUUGCCAGUGAAGAAGUUUCGAGAAGACGCGAAGACCGUCUGCUGUUGCGGGGACGCCAGGACGGAAUCAACUGUUUCUAAGUAGGACCAUGGGUGUCACAAGCCAGUGCACAUAGGGGUGUUGGGGCUUUUCAUUAAUCAAAUACAUGUACGACAUUUGGCCCGGAAGGUGCCACGGUACGUUUUAGACAAUGGGAGACUGCUAAAAUGAGGAAUCUGGAAUGAUUGCAUCCUCGCUUUGCCAGUUGGCAGAUUCCACAGUUUAGCAGUCUCCCAUUGUCUAAAACGUACCGUCGCCACUUCCGGACCAAUAUUGUGUGACUUGAAGUGUAACAACAGAAGUUGACCAGACAGACUAUCGCGCAACUUUCACCAGCCUCGCCCGGCAGAUGAAAGGUAUUUCGCAUAUUGUGUGGGGAUGUUUACACCGUACACAUUUUUAGGUUCGUAGAGAUCCAACGACGCAUUUAAGAGCGUACUUUUGACGGAUCUUAUGUGAUACGGAACUAAUGGGUGGUGCCACCUUUGAUACCAGACAAAUCCUGCAAACGGUCAAAAAUCAGCAAAAUAUUUCCCACUGUGAUUCUGAAGUGUUCCUGGUCAAAGACUCGUCGAAAAAUAUUUAUUUUCACCUGAAAAAAUCACUCUAUGAUUGCCAGGAGUACACUUUUUUGAAAUUUUAUUAAAAAAUGCAGGUCGUUGCGGCUUUUCCUUACUCAAAUCAGAGUCUGUCGAAUAAAGAUUCUGCUCAAAUGUGGCUUUUAGUGUAACCAUAGG